UUCGGAAAAGAAAACGAAUUUAUUCGGUCGCCGACAUACUCACUUUCAUAUAUAGAAACUGAAAUUCGAUCCCAAAAAACCCGAAACUGAAAACAGAUCAAGGAAGAAGAACAGGGUACCAGACAAAGCGGGCAGGAAGGGAGUUGAGGUUAUGGCAUUGCCGAAACAAGCUGGAACCAAGCGAAAACUGCAUGCUGAUGAUAACGGUGGGUCAGAAUCUGAAAGUGAUGUCUCAGAAAGCCUCUCUGACAUCGACGACGCCGAGAUUGCUCCAUACCUUAACAACAAGAAGGAGACAUUCUAUAAAAGCAUCAUCUGGGAAGCGAUGAACAGAGAUUCUGCUAAGGGAAAGAGCAGAAAACAAGCACGAAAACCCCAGAAAGCUGCUUCUCCAAACAAAGCAGUCAAAAUUUCUACUGAGAUGGAUGAUAGAAAGAGGCCAAGUUCAAAAAUCAACUAUGAGGCCUUGAGGAAAUUAAAUGAAGAGGAUGGUAACCAUGCACCUGACUUUGAAGAAGGCAGCCAUGGUGAUAUGCAGCACUCAAAUGACAAAUUCGACGGUGAAGCACAAAGUUUUAGAGGCAGUUAUGACGAUGAGUUGGAUAAUGAACAUGCAUAUAGUGAAGAUGCUGAAGGCAGACGAGGCUAUGAAGACGAAGAUACAUAUUUUCCAAAUGAUGGUUAUAAUGAAUAUGGCUGUGAGGAUGAGUAUUGUUUUGACGAUUUCUGACACUGUGUUUGUAAUGAUUCAAUGUUAUAUUUCUUUCAUGGUUGAGUUGCAUAAUGCAAUGACCUUAAAGCAAUUUUCUCCUGUGCUUUUGAUAAAUUGUUGAGAUGCAUCGGGAUUGUAUCAGUCUAAAGAGAAACUCAUUUGAGCAUUGUUUCUAUAUUGAAGCAUGAGAAAGAAAAAUGAGCACAAUUCUAUAGGGGAACAUUGUAUUAUUGAUUCGAAGCUGUUUAAUACAGAGCGAGGAGCAGUUUAAAUGAACAUUGCUUUCAGUUCAAUUUACAUACUGACUGAAUUAUGUAUUGGCUCCAAUUUCUAAG